AUGGAAGCUAAGCUGAGCCUGCUUCUGCUCGGCGAGUCCCAUCUUGCCCAUGCCCUUUGCUCCCUGAGCCUGAAGAACAUCUUUGCCGUCCGAUGCUGUCACCGCUCACUCAACCAACUAGUUUGUGGAGGUCCAGCUUCUCUCGGAGGCAAGCUCCUACUUCAUCACUCUAAACUUGGCUCCUACCUCGGCCGAAUCGACUCCGACCCGGGCUUUUUGACGAGUUGGCUUGCAGUCAACCUUUUGCAGUGGGCACGAAUGGAUCAGAUUCCAGUGAUGCACAAUGUGCAGCUGCAGAUGAGACAAGGGGAUACCGGCCCCACUGGCAUCUCACGCCGCUUUGCACAGCUGAACAGUGAGUUGGCGCGCAUGCUUGCGUUCGCCAACCUCAAGCAGACGAGGUUUUCCUGCACAGCUAUUGAACACGCCGCGAUGAAAGAGCUCAUUAUGAAGUUGCCACAGAAUAUGACGUGGACCGACUGCCGCUACUAUGAUGCCUUCGCCAUCACCCGUGGGAGGAAGCACGGCGGACGCCGGUGUAAGUCGGAGCACCACUGGAUUUGCCAGAAGUAUGGUGUUUCCCUCACCAUCAAAACGAAGAUGGGCGACUUAGCUGUGAACUUUGUGGCAAGCCAUGAGCUGACAGAGGUGGUGGAGGAGCUUGGGUUCGGGAAUUCGGGGAUUCGGGAGCGUGUGGUGUACUGCCUGUUGAAGCUACCUGGCCUCGACGAAUCUGAAGUGCCACUCUUCCGGUCAAGCUCCGAGCGAUGGAUUGAAGAGAAGAACUUCACCCGAGCGUGUCCAGUCUUGAAUACAGAGGCCUUGAGCCAACUGCAGUCCCUUCUUUUCGAUGGCGUGUGCAAUUCUUCCUUGGUCCUGGCGGUCCUCUUCCGCCUGCUCUGUGCGCCGGUGUCGGCAUGGAACAUGGACAACUUCAGGACUUUGGAAGGCGGCAAAGUUGAUCGAGGCCUCGGCCGCGUCAACUUCGAGGACCGGCCAACACUUCUGUGGCUUCGUGAAGAAUUCGGCAUUUUUGCCGACAGUGUGUCUGAGGCUUGGCAGCAUGUAUGCAUGCUGACAAAGAAUCCUUGA